AUGUCUGAUCCCGUUGAGCCCGAGCGACCGGUACCGGAUGCGGUGCAACAGCCGGCUAGUGGCGAGAACGUUCGAGAAGUUUCCGGAGCAUCAGUCGAUCGGAUAGCGUUCCGACUACCACCGUUCUGGCCUGAGGACCCGGAAGUUUGGUUCGCGCAAGUGGAGGCUCAAUUUGAAAUAGCGGGAAUCACAAAAGAUGCUACGAAGUAUUUUCAGGUUAUACGCGAGUUGGAUCAUAAGGCAGCGCGCGAAGUGCGGGAUAUUUUAACUAAUCCACCUCAGUCCGGUAAAUACGACAAGUUAAAGAAGGAGUUGAUCAAUCGCCUGUGUGUUUCGCAUGAAAAUCGCAAACGACAAUUGCUCAUGCACGAAGAAUUAGGCGACCGGAAGCCGUCACAGUUUCUCCGCCAUCUUAGGGCGUUAGCGAAGGAUGACGUCAAUGACGACUUACUGCGUACCAUGUGGUCGAGUAGGUUACCCGGAAAUGUUCAAGCGAUUAUAGCGUCACAAAAAUCUGCGACGUUGGAAGAUAUCGCGAUAUUGGCAGAUCAAAUUAUGGAUGUCGCCCCCGGUUCUUCACAAGUCGAGAUCACGCAGCAGAUCGAAGUCGCGGGGUCGGAGCGAGUCUAG